GAUUGAUACCAUCGAGACGGUGGAGACUGAGACCUAUGUGCACACGACUCUGCACACAAGUGCCGGUUGCAACAUGCCAAGCGUCAAGGGGAUCUUCAAUCCCAAUUGCAAUGCGGGUAACGCAAAUGAGGGUUGUGGAAUUGAUGGCCCCGCCGGUAGUGGCGGCUCCGUGUUUAACGACAACGGAGGCGGCGUGUUCGCCACGAAGUGGACUUCAAGCGGGCUGCGUAUGUGGUUCUUUCCCAGAGACAAGAUUCCGGCAGACAUCACAAGCAGCAGCCCAGACUCAUCUACUUGGGGCGAACCUUAUGUGA